UGUUAAUAUUUUGUUUAUCCAUUGAAAAAUCUCAUUUUGCUUAUUAACCCCUGAUGUCACCUGUCAAAAACUAUUUGUAAUUAAGUUGAGAAAAUGCUUUCUUUUGAAAAGCUGUGUAAAUCUAGAUUUUUUCUACAAUGCUUUUACACGCAAAAAAUCUCCUGCAAAUCAGCAACAACAAUGACAAUUCGUGACGCUCUCAAUGCUGCAUUAGAUGAAGAGUUAGCUAGAGAUGAAAGAGUGUUUAUUUUGGGAGAAGAGGUAGCUCAAUUUGAUGGUCCCUACAAAGUGACGAAAGGUCUUUGGAAGAAAUAUGGUGAUAAAAGACUAAUCGAUACUCCAAUUACUGAGGCUGGUUUUUGUGGAAUAGCAAUUGGAGCAGCAAUGGCUGGAUUGAGACCCAUUUGUGAAUUCAUGACAUAUAAUUUCUCUAUGCAAGCCAUUGACCGAGUAGUUAAUGCAGCUGCAAAGAAUCUUUAUAUGUCCGCAGGAAAAUUUCCAGUUCCAAUUGUCUUUCGAGGACCUAAUGGUAAUGCAAAAGGUCUAGCAGCUCAGCACUCUCAAUGCUUCGCUGCAUGGUAUUUACAUGUUCCUGGAUUGAAAGUAAUGUCACCAUCUACUGGUGAAGAUUACAGAGGAUCUUUAAAAGCAGCUGUGAGAGAUCCAGAUCCAGUUGUCAUUUUAGAGAGUGAAUUACUAUACAACUAUGAAUAUCCACUGACAGAUGAGGCUCUGGAUAAGGAUUUUACAAUACCUAUUGGAAAAGCCAAAAUAGAGAAACCUGGAAAACACAUCACUCUUACUACACAUGGGCAAGCAACUCCAUACACUAUGAAAGCAGCUGAACUGCUUGCAUCUGAUGGUAUAGAGGCAGAAGUUAUUAAUUUGAGAUCUUUGAGGCCUAUGGAUUGGGACACCAUUUUCAAAUCAAUAGGAAAGACUCACAGAUUAAUGACUGUUGAGCUUGGUUGGCCAAGAUGUGGUGUUGGCUCUGAAAUAGUUGCAACAGUAAUGGAAAAUCCAGUAUUUUUUCAACUUGAUGCUCCUGCUGUUAGAUGUACUGGAGUAGAUAUUCCUAUGCCUUAUUCAGAAAAAAUUGAAGACGAAUGCACACCGAAACCACAUCAUAUUGCUGAUUAUGCUAAAAAAGUUGUUGGAUCUAAAAUUUAAAUGAUAUAUAAAAUUGGAAAUAAAUUAUUUGACUUAAAAUUUGAAUUGUCUUAGGAGAUUUUUUGCGUAAACCUAGGUAGUAACCAAUUGAUGAUAAGUAUAUUUUAAUGAUUUAUUUUUUAAAUUGGACAAUUUUUUUUA